AUGUUUUUCACAAAAGUACUAAAUAACCAAGUUGCCAAUGGUUUAAAACAACUACCCGUUCAUAAAAGAGUUCAAAUGGCUUAUGAUUUACAUAUUCCAAAUAAAACAGUUAAUCCAAAUUUAAAUAUUAGAUCUCAUGAACCAAUUGUUUUCGUUCAUGGUAUUUUUGGUUCCAAGAAGAAUUAUCGUCAUGAUUGUCAAAAGAUUGCAAAUGUUACACAUACUCCAGUUUAUACAAUUGAUUUAAGAAACCAUGGUCAAAGUAUGCAUGCUUUACCAUUUGAUUAUGAAACUUUAGCUCAAGAUGUUACAGAUUUUUGUGAAGAUCAUGGUUUGAAAAAAGUUAACUUGAUCGGUUAUUCAUUAGGUGCAAAGAUUUGUAUGUUGACAAUGUUACAAAAUCCUGAUUUGGUUAGAAGUGGUGUUAUUAUUGAUAAUUCACCAAUUGAACAACCUCAUAUUGAAAUUUUCUUGACACAAUUCAUUAAAUCAAUGUUACAUGUCCUAAACAGUACCAAAAUUAGAGCUGAUGAUAAAGAUUGGAAAAGUAAAGCUAAUCAAGCAAUGAGAAGAUAUAUUCCAAAUGGGGGGAUCAGAGAUUAUCUAUUGGCAAACUUAAUCAACAAAGUUCCAAAAGGUUAUAAAUCACCAGUUAUUAAUUAUGAUGAUGGUUAUAUUCAUUUCCAAAAUCCUGUUCGUCACAUGACUGAAGUUGCUGUUAAAAACGUUUCAGCAUGGCCAACUGAACAUGUUAAAGGUUUAAAAUUUGAAGGUCAAGUUAGAUUCUUAAAAGGUACAAAAUCUGCAUUUAUUGAUGAAAAAGGUCUUGAAGCUAUCAAAGAAUAUUUCCCAAAUUAUUCAUUAUCUGAAUUAAAUGCUACACAUUUCAUCUUGAAUGAAAGACCUCAAGAAUAUGUGAAAUUGAUUUGUGAUUUCAUUAAAGUUAACAGAUAUAAAUCAUUACAAGAACAUAUUAGACAUGUUGAAAAUUUCUCAUCAGCUGAAUUAGAAGCAAGACACAAUGCUGAACAUGAAAGACAAAUGGAAGAACUACGUCAAUUAACUCAAACUACACCAACCGCUGAACAAGUUAAAACCAUUGAUAAUUUGGCAAGUAAAGUUGAUUUAUCAGCCACUGAAAGACAACAACAACAAAACAAAGAAAUCACUGUUUAA